CGACGAAAAAGGAGGUGCACAACGAGACAGAACCGAGAUACCGCAGCAUUUCAGAGCACCUUCCCCCUUUCCACCAUUGUACUGGAACAAGAGCCAUGGCGACGAAUGGUGACAAAAUCACGAUCUUGUACAAGAUCGUGAACUCGGAUUGCGACAAAAAAGAUGUCCUGUUCAACGCAUUUGCAAUGCCUCGGGGGCCGCGUGGGCCCACAUUGGCAUCAGUCAAGCAGAAUUGCGUGGCAUUGUACGGACUAAAUCAUCUGGGACCCGAGGGAUACCAUUGGCGUGUUUGCGUCGAAGACAAAGCUGGGCCUGGUGAAGCCUCAAUGGAGAAAUCGUUUAGUUGGUGGGAUAUACAGGACGAGAAUGCUGCACUUCCCAUCAAGUCAGCUUCCCAGUUUCAGUUGCAGAAAUUCUUUGCUCCGCCCGGCACAAACCAUUCGAGCUCACACGACCCGGCAUCCGCGGCGAAGGGAGCCUUCAAGAGUUUAGGAAAGGCCAUGAGCCAUGCUGUGUCGGGAUCCGACGAUCACGGCCCGCCCGCCAGCGUUAUUGCCUUCAAGCUUUUGGACGUUGUCAAGAUGCACGACGACUUCACAACGAAGAAUCACGGACGCGGUGGACAUAUUCCUACGCCGCAUCGUCGUACCCCCGCAUCGGCAACCCAUCCACCCUCCAACGCUAGAGUUGCGGCGCCAGCAGGUGUGCCGCAGCAGCAACGCCAAGCACCACAACGCGCACCAGCUCAGGCUGCACCGCCACAACAGCAACGCGCGCCUACGGUACCCGCAGGCGAGCCGUCACUCAUGGAUUUCGGCGCGACCCCGGCAGGAGGCGCGAGCCGCACCUUGCAUCAUAGAAAUUCGUCGCCGUCGACAUUCAAUCGUCCCGACGAAAACCUCUCGAAAGCACAGCGAAUCCAGCAACAGUAUCAGAAGCAAAAACAGACACAGAGUCUGGUUUGGGACGAUAUCGAGCAGCGCUAUGUGCAGGAGGGGACCAUCGAAGGUAAAGGAGUUGGUCGACAAUCUUCAAUGGGAUCUAUUUCAUCCAAUUCUAGCGGCAAAAAGAAUGUUGGCAUUUCUCUCGAUGCUUCUAAUGCGAUUGGAAAGUCAGCAAAUGUCCAGGCAGCGGUGAACAAGCGUGUAAACGAAAUGCGGAAGUCUCAGCAACAGGCCUUGGACGAGGUUCGACAACGUGAAGAAAAGAAAAAGUCGGACGAUGAUGAAGAGGAUGCCGUACGAAAACGCUUGGAGCCCAAGAUCAAAGCAUGGAGCGAGGAGUACGGCAAAAAGAAACAGCUUCGCGCGCUCUUAGGCUCAUUGCAAACGAUUCUUUGGGAAGGCGCGAAGUGGAAACCCGUUGGUAUUGGCGAUAUUAUGGAUAACAACAAGGUGAAGCGCUGUUACCUAAAGGCUACACUUGUUGUGCACCCCGAUAAAACACACCAUUUAGAUGCCGAAAAGCGCUUCCUGGCUAAGCGAAUAUUCGAUGCUCUCAGUCAGGCCAAGAAAGAUUUCGACGAAGGCAAAUAGUAGACUACAAAUCGGGAUGAACUCUUUAGUCCCUGAAAGUAAAGCCGUCAGACAUG